GGUUUAACUACCACUUUUUCCACCAGCAACAUGAAUCGUCAAUUCACAUACAAGUCAGGAGCUCCCACCAAGGGAGGCUUCAGUGGCUGUUCAGCAGUGCUCUCUGGGGGUCCCAGCAGCUCAUCUUCUUACCGGGCAGGGGGCAAAGGACUUCAGGGUGGCUUUGGCAGUCGAAGUCUCUAUAGCCUGAGAGGAACUAGGAGCAUCUCUCUCAAUGUGGCUGGGGGAAGUGGGAGGAGUGGGGGCUAUGGUUUUGCUCGAGGUCGGGCUAGUGGUUUUGCUGGGAGCAUCUUUGGUAGUGUUGCUCUGGGUCCUGUUUGCCCAUCGGUAUGCCCACCAGGAGGCAUCCAUCAAGUCACCAUCAACAAGAGCCUUUUGGCUCCACUCAAUGUGGAGCUGGACCCUGAGAUCCAGAAAGUAAGGACCCAGGAGAGGGAGCAGAUCAAAGCUCUCAACAACAAGUUUGCCUCUUUCAUUGAUAAGGUGCGGUUCCUGGAGCAGCAGAACCAGGUAUUAGAGACCAAGUGGAAUUUGCUACAGCAGCUGGACCUGAGCAACUGCAAGAAGAACUUAGAGCCCAUUUAUGAGGGCUACAUCAACAAUCUGCAGAGGCAGCUGGAGGCCCUAUCAGGGGACAGAGUGAGACUGGACUCUGAGCUCAGGAAUAUGAGAGAGCUUGUGGAGGACUUCAAGAAGAGAUAUGAAGAAGAAAUCAAUAAACGGACAACAGCAGAGAAUGAGUUUGUGGUGCUCAAAAAGGAUGUGGAUGCUGCUUACACAAAUAAGGUGGAGCUACAGGCCAAAGUGGAGUCCCUGGAUGGAGAAAUAAAAUUCCUUAAAUGCUUGUAUGAAGGAGAGAUUGCCCAGAUCCAGUCACACAUCAGUGACACGUCUGUCAUUCUCUCCAUGGAUAAUAACCGAAACCUAGACUUGGGCAGCAUCAUUGAUGAAGUUAGGAGUCAAUAUGAGGAGACCGCCAUGAAGAGCAAGACUGAGGCUGAGAACUUGUAUCAGUCUAAGUUCCAGGAGUUGCAGCUGGCAGCCAGCAGGCAUGGGGAUGAUCUCAAACACACCAAGAAUGAGAUCUCAGAGCUGAGCCGGCUCAUCCAGAGGCUUCGCUCAGAGAUUGAGAAUGUGAAGAAGCAGUGCUCCAACCUGGAGACAGCCAUUGCAGAUGCUGAGCAGAGGGGUGACUGUGCCCUGAAAGAUGCCAGGGCCAAGCUGGAUGAACUGGAAGGUGCCCUACAUAGUGCGAAGGAGGAACUAGCCCGCCUGCUGCGAGACUACCAGGAGCUGAUGAGUACCAAGCUUGCCUUGGACAUUGAGAUUGCAACCUACAGAAAACUCUUGGAGGGCGAGGAGUGCAGGAUGUCUGGAGAGUACACCAACUCUGUGAGCAUCUCUGUGAUCAGCAGCACCAUGGCUGGGAAUGCUAACACGGGGACUGGAUUUGGGCUCAGUGGCGCCAGCUCUUAUGGUUUUCGACCCAGCUCAGUCAGUGGUGGCUACGCGACUCUUGGUGGAGGAUGUGUUAUUGGCAGUGGGGCCUGCAGCCCGAGGGGAGAAUCCAAGACCCAACUGAGCAGUACCAACGAAUACAAGGACACCCUUGGGAAGAUGUCUUUGGCUCUGAGCUCACCCACCAAGAAAAUAACAAGAUAAACAGCCUAGAACUAGGGUUAGGGCUGGAUGCUUUGAGGUUCUACUUUCUGAGGGUCUCUUGCCCUCAUGCAAGGAUGGAUGUUCCCCUAAUUGCCUUUUAAUUUACUUCUUCAAGAAGUUCCUCUCCUCUUUAGAAACCUUUCCUUCCUUUUCUUUUUCUCUUUUCCUUUAUUUUUCAGUCUGGGCUCUCUACCUUAGUUUUUCUUGCUAGAAAACCAGACUUUUAGGCACAGAGGUUGCCUUGUCUGCCCCCUCAUUUCUACUCAGAACAGUCCAGCAUUCACUAGUGAAGGAAAUGCUUCCAUGUUUAUUAUCCCUCUAGAGAAGAUAAUUACACAGCCUGAAUCAUUGCUGAUGACCUGGGGCUUUAGAAAAAAGGGAAGUCCUUCUUCUGGGAAAGUCCCAGUUCUUAAAGCUGCAGCUUCCAUCCUGCUUGUACACUGAGUCCCUGGUUCUCCUUCCCAAGGGAAUGCCUGUUUUAAGCCUGCAGAAGUUGUGUCCUGCCUAGUCACUUCAUUUCAAUGAAAACAAAGAUAGGGACUGCUUCUUCUUCUUC